AUGAAGUGUCAUCCCCUCGUGCUGCUGACUUGGGCGCUCCUCUGCUUGUGCAGGAAGGGUAGCUGCAUUGGUGGCAAUGGCGCAGCACGCACGAGACCGCGGCGGGGGUUCAUUCACGUGGGGAAGCAUUAUAAUGGGAGCUACGUAGGGAAGAGACUGCCUUACCGUGGCCACCCAUACCAUCGCCACCUGAACAGCGCGAGCGCGGGCGAAGGGUUCUCCAACACCGUCCACCACGACGUGAAGAAAAACACGCAAAACUACUCCGAAGAUGGCUCGCCAGCGUCUUUUCACAAAUACAUUGAAAAUAUGAAAACGAGAAAAAACGUGCACCCAAGUAUACGCAUAACCGAUUUCGAUAAAAAAUUCAUCAAGUGUAAAGAGAAUUAUAACAGGAGGUACUCUCACCUGAAGGACAGCGAGCUAUUUGCAAAUUUCCAUUUCGUGGGUAGACAAAAAAAGGGCAUUACAUCACCCAAAUAUUAUUUACCCAAAUACGUGGACAGACCAAAUUACCACCGGACCGGUACCCCUGUACAUGUGCCAUAUGACGAUGGGAGCCAAAUGAGUAGUACUAAUAAAAAAAGGAAAUUGCCCCACCACCCGUAUAAUAAUAUAAAAAGUGAAGAACAUAUUGAAACGAUUCGAAGUAAUUGUCUCUUCGCUCGAGAACUGAUGGAUGAUGUAUCUUAUAUUAUAAGCGAAGGAGUUACAACCAACGACCUAGAUAUAUACAUUUUGAAUAAAUGUAUUAACAAUGGUUAUUACCCCUCUCCUCUGAAUUACCACCUGUUCCCCAAGAGCUCAUGCAUAUCCAUUAACGAAAUACUUUGCCAUGGGAUCCCGGACAACAACGUCCUGUAUGAAAACGAUAUUGUUAAGGUAGAUAUAAGUGUUUUUAAAGAUGGGUUUCAUGCGGACAUGUGUGAAAGUUUCCUUGUUCCAAAAUUAACAAAAAAUGAAAAAAAAAAAAAAAAAAAAUUUUUUGAAUAUAUAUAUUUAAAUGAUAAACUCAAGACCAAAUACACUAAAUUUAUUUUCAAGUACAAUUUUGACCUCACUACUAAUAAGGUCGUGAAGACAGGAAAGCAAUGUUCCAUAAGAAGAAUCAAAUACGAUCCACCCAACUCGAAAGACUCUCCCUUUCAGCAACACGAGUCCUAUGACGAUAAUACCAAUUCAGUGUUCGCCCACGGUAGCAACUUGGACCGGUACGACGCCGCAAACGAGGACGAUUAUUACAACCCUGAAGAAGGGUGCUUCCCUACCCAUGAGAAUGGAGCGGCGCGGGUUGUGGGAGAUGACCUGGACGAGCUAGAAAUGUUCCACCGCCAAUACGACGAGCAUGUCAUUUAUAACAAACAGCAAAGCAGCCAAACGUACGAUAAUAUUCAAAGGUACUUAUAUAACAAAACGAGAGGGCCCCCCCAACAUAAUAAUAACAGGUUCGCCUUUUUCGAGAAAAGGAAGUUUGGUGUAGAGGAAUUCAAACAUUACAUGUAUAAAAAAAAUAUGGACCUCAUACGAACUGCACAUGAGUGUACCAUGGAGGCCAUCCGGGUUUGUAAAGCAGGGGUCCCUUUCAGUGCCAUAGGAGAGGCAAUAGAAAAUCACCUACACAAAAAAAAUAACAGCCAAGUACAUUAUGCAGUCGUCCCCCAUUUGUGUGGACAUAACAUUGGAAAAAAUUUCCAUGAAGAACCUUUUAUUAUUCAUACACGAAAUAAAGAUAAUAGACUCAUGUGCGAAAAUCUCGUGUUUACCAUUGAACCCAUCAUAUCUGAGCGACCCUGUGACUUCAUCAUGUGGCCAGACAACUGGACUCUCUCCAAUGCCAGGUAUGUCUUCUCCGCUCAGUUCGAGCAUACCAUCGUGGUGCGCAAGGACGGGGCGGAAGUACUCACCGCCAAAACGGACCGCUCCCCAAAGUUCAUUUGGGAGUGCGAACAGGCCUAG